AACCCUCUCUCAACAAAUCCCCACCGGAUUAUAUCCAAAUUUCUCAGAUUUCCAAAUCUCCGACGUCGUCAAAACAGAGAAGUUCUUCGACGGCCAUAAUCAGACGGCAUCAAUGGCACGAAGCUACAGUGCCAUUGAGAAUGCAGGGAGAUAUAUGCAGAGAAGCUUUAGCAGCAAUUCGGUCCAGGGGAAACCAAACCAGGUUCCGUUCAACAUUCCGAUGAUAGAUUCUUCAAAUCUUAAUUACAAUAACUUGAGCUCGCCGGAAAAUGCUUUCUUUUCCGGUCAGAUGCGACGAGUAUACAGCACCGGAGAUUUGCAGAACAAUUUCGAAAUGCAGCGAUCGUCGGAGAACUCAACGGUGCCGUUAUCCGAGGAACAGAACUUCAAGGUGGGACGUUACAGUGCAGAAGAACGUAAAGAGAAAAUCUCAAAGUACAGAGCUAAACGAAACCAAAGAAACUUUACCAAAACUAUAAAGUAUGCAUGCCGGAAAACAUUGGCGGAUAGUAGACCUCGAAUACGCGGUAGAUUCGCACGCAAUGAUGAAGUUGUAGAAAUCCCCAACAUUGAAGAUGACGACUCCGAGCUUUGGAAAUUGGAUGGGCUGCAUGAGAAAGAGGAAGCUUAUGUGAGCAGCUUUGUGGUGCAACAGCCUCUUUUGCAAUACUCAACAACUUCUUCUUCCUUUUUCUGGUGAAGGAAGGACUCUUACGACGAAGGGUUCAAUAUUUUUAAUUUUCUUUAUAAGAAAUUAUAAUUCUAGUUGAUCAUUAAUUGUAUUGUAUAUUGCAUCAAAACAAUAACAAUAAAACAGAUAUAUUUUAGAAGAAUGUAAAUUUUAAUAAAUUACUGUAUUUAUU